UCAUUCUGCAAACAAUUCUGGAUAAAAGAAAAAAACCCCAACUUUUUUUAAUGCACUGAUGAGCUGGCAAGAAAGUGAGGAAUACUCAGGCCAAAAAACUCAAGAAUCCAAAGAGCUCUAGCCCAUUAAACGUCCACGGGUCCCAGGGAUGCACAGCCAGAGAGGACAACUACCUGGCAUCCGCCUCACCUCACCCCUGACUGAGGCCACCCCCAUCACGACUGCAGGCUCUUCUGGGCUGCCAGCAUCGUGGUCAGAGCUGAAGCCGUACUACAACCAGAGCCACCUGGGGCCUCUCAGGGGAGUCAUGAAAAGAGGCCCCGGGUCAUGGGAAGCAAGCAGCAGAGUCUGGUAGAUGCUUCGGGGCGAGCCUGAUGAACCACCAGGGCAAACACAUCCCACUGAGUGUGACUAGUCCAGGAGGGGAGUGUGAACACUCUUGCGAUGACUCCCUGCUUGAAGAGCAUUCUGUGAUGACCACGGUGAGCACACUACGCAAGGUGGAGGGCUCUACCUGACAUGUCUUGGGGGAUCUGCCAGACCAUGGCCCAUUCUCAGGGAAUCUGCUCCCACCUACAACCUGUGCGGGGUCACUGAUCUGAGAAACUUCUCAGGGGUCACGUUCCAGGGACAAUCCGACUCUGUGAAGGAACCCUCACUCAACUCCUGCCACGUUCCCCACGGGACCUGGAGGAAAGAUGGUGGUGAUCAAGGCCUGCGUGUUCUUCUUCCUGGUCCUAGAGGUCACCUCUCUGUUGGGUACAGGCUAAGUAUCUACUGUCUCUCUAAUCCCCCACUUGUCAUAAUGAAGUCACUAUGGUCUGGGACCCAACUCUGCAUCUGCCUUAAGCCACAGCAGCGGCACUAAGAUCUGAGGCUGGUUUGUCUAUUUAUUCAUAAUUUAUACCCUGCUUGUUUUCCUAAAGGAUUUGAGAUAAGUACCAAUAUUACAACUCACAGAACAGAAUCUUUUAAAUGAGGAGCAGGGUAAGUGUCACUCAGAAGGCAGAAAAAAGAUAAGAGCGUUACCACUCCCCCUGAGUGUUAAAUUUAGCUCUGAGCUUUCUGAUAGCCAAAGCAAAAGGGAUCACUGAGUUCUCACAGCCAGAUUUUUGGUUUUAGUUUCAUGAAAAUUCAUUUAGACCCUGUAACCAAAUUUGACAGAGACACCAGAACCCCUUCUGGUCUCCUUGUCCUCUGACCCCAUUCUCUGGUGACACUGAGUUCUCAAGGGAACAGGUGGAGAGAAUUUGCCUGGUGGGCUCCCCAAGGCUUCUAAGCAUCAGAGCUCCCAGCACUAUCCUGUAUACGCUCUCCCAUCUCCCCUUCCUUUCCUGAUUUCUAGCCACAUACUCAGGUAAAGCAAAAAUAUGCUCAAAAUCCUCUCAUAAAGCAGCGAGCACUGCAGGCUUUGUCACCACAGAGGCAGGAACAAAGGCUGUCUCAGCAUCUUGCCAAACCCUACAUGUGCCCACCUCCUGCCUUGCUCUUUCUACCCUGACAGCUGCUGUUGGGGAAGAUGAUUAACAUUCAGCCAUCUGAGGGGAAAUCAGAUUAGUUUGAUUAAAAGAGCUCCUAUCACCCCAAUUAAGCAGCAAAGAGAAUACUGAUUUGGCUCUCUCACGUGAGAGUUAAUUACCUUUCAAAGAUUUUGCAGUGCUCUGCUCUCCUUUCUCCUUUCCAUUUGGGAGCCCCCAACGCAGCCUCCGGUGGCGUGGGCCUGGAGGCUCACUGCCUGUGGCCCGAGGUCCCUAUACCCUUCCUCAGGCAGACUUUGCCAGCCUGGGGUCAGUAAAUUAAAGGACCACUCCUCCAGUUAGGCCCUGUGAAGGUGAGGGGGGAUUCCCAAAGCCAAACUUUGCCAGGAGAAGGGAAAUGGACAUCUAUUGUCCAGGUCUUGAGCUUAAAAGGAGUUGCUAACACUUAUUCAGCAAACAUUCUGUGCUAGGCAUUGUUCUAAGUGGAUUUUAUGAACGAGCUUAUUUAAUCCCUACAAUCCUCUGAGAUAGGAACUAUUAUUAUCCUCACUUUAUGAUGAGGGGUCAGAUGAGUUAAGUAUCUGGCCCAAGGUCACAGAGUCAGGAAGUGGCAGAGUGUCUGGGGCUCACAGUCUCAAUCUCCGUAUACUUCAGAGAUGUUUACUUUGUGUUACCUCAUGGAAUCCUCAUGCCAACUGGACCACCAUAUGUGCAGUGGGAACUAAUAUCUCCAUUUUACAGAUGAGGAAAGUAAGGUUCCAUUCCGCCAAGAAGAACAGGCUCAGACCCUAAAGUAGGAGCCCCAGGUGCUCAGCAGCAUCCCAUGGUCCCUUUCUAGAACAAGAGUGAAAAGAGAACCACCAUUUGUUGACCACGCACUGCAUGCCAUGUCCCUUUACCUUCACCGUCACCCUGAAUAUGCACCAGGACCCUAUGAUGUGGUGAUUGUUGAUGCAGUUCUAUUUUAUGGGGAAACAGAUUUAAAGGAAUAAAGCUUUUGUGAAGUCACACAGCCAGUAAGUGGCAGAGGGGGAUUUGAACCCAUGCCCAGUGCUCAUGUUCCAUCCCCCACAUCACACUGCUUCCCUAUGUCUUGAGAGGCUAGUAGCAGGACCCUGCUGGGCCCUUGUAACUGUUUUGGCCUCUCACUUAUCCUCUUGGCCCUCAGGGAGGCAGAUGAUGCUCACUCAGUCGGUGAGAAGAGCCCAGCCUGGGAAGAGGACCUCAGGCAUCUUUGCCAAGCCUGCUGACCCCCUGGACAGUCCUGGGGAGUGGACAACGUGGUUCAACAUUGACCACCCAGGUGGGCAGGGCGACUACGAGCGGCUAGAUGCCAUUCACUUCUACUACGGGCACCAGGUGUGUCCUCGGCCCCUGCGGCUAGAGGCUAGGACCACCGACUGGAUACCCGCAGGCAGCACUGGCCAAGUGGUCCAUGGCAGCCCCCUUGAGGGCUUCUGGUGCCUCAACAGGGAGCAGCGGCCUGGCCAGAACUGCUUCAAUUAUACCGUGCGCUUCCUCUGCCCGCCAGGAUCCCUGCGCCAAGACACAGAGCACAGCCUCUGGAGCCCGUGGUCUCCCUGGAGCAAGUGUUCUGCUGCUUGUGGUCACCCUGGGGUCCAGACCCGAACACGCACCUGCUUGGCGGAGACGGUGUCACUGUGCAAUGAUGCCACCGAGGAGGGUCGGCUCUGCAUGGAGCAGGCCUGUUCAGCCUGUGACCUGACCUGCCCCAUGGGCCAGGUGAAUGCUGACUGUGACGCCUGCAUGUGCCAGGACUUCGUGCUGUAUGGGGUUGUCUCCCUCCCUGGGGGUGCCCCAGCCUCAGGAGCUACUGUCUACAUCCUGACCAAAACACCUAAGCUAUUGACCCAGACGGACAGCAGCGGGAGGUUCCGAGUCCCUGGCUUGUGCCCCGAUGGCAAAAGCAUCCUGAAGAUCACAAAGACCAAGUUUGCCCCUAUCAGGCUCACAAUGCCUAAGACUAGACUGAAGGCAGCCACCAUCAAGGCGGAGUUCAUGAGGGCAGAGACUCCAUACAUUGUGAUGAACCCCAAGGCAAAAGCACGGAGAGCUGGGCAGAGCGUGUCCCUGUGCUGUAAGGCCACGGGGAAGCCCAAACCAGACAAGUAUCUCUGGUACCAUAACAGCACACUGUUGGACCCCUCCCUCUACAAGCACGAGAGCAAGCUGGUGCUGAGGAACCUGCAACGGGACCAGGCCGGGGAGUACUUCUGCAAGGCCCAGAGCGACACUGGGGCUGCAAAGUCCCAUGUCGCCCGGCUGACUGUCAUAGCCCCCGAUGAGACUCCUUGCAACCCAACCCCCGAGAGCUACCUUAUCCAGCUGCCCCAUGAUUGUUUCCAGAAUGCCACCAACUCCUUCUACUAUGAUGUGGGUCGUUGCCCUGUCAAGACCUGUGCAGGGCAGCAGGAUAAUGGGAUCAGGUGCCAGGAUGCUGUGGAGAACUGCUGUGGGAUCUCCAAAACAGAGGAGAGGGAGAUCCAGUGCAGUGGGUACACACUGCCCACCAAGGUGGCCAUGGAGUGCAGCUGCCAGCGGUGUACGGAGACCCAGAGUAUCGUUCGGGGACGCGUCAGCGCCUCUGACAAUGGGGAACCCAUGCGCUUUGGCCACGUGUACAUGGGGAACAGCCGUGUGAGCAUGACUGGCUACAAGGGCACGUUCACCCUCCACGUCCCUCAGGACACUGAGAGGCUGGUGCUCACAUUUGUGGACAGGCUGCAGAAGUUUGUCAACACCACCAAAGUGCUGCCCUUCAAUAAGAAAGGGAGUGCGGUGUUCCAUGAGAUCAAGAUGCUUCGGCGGAAAGAGCCCAUCACCUUGGAGGCCAUGGAGACCAACAUUAUCCCCUUGGGAGAUGUGGCUGGUGAAGAUCCUGUGGCUGAGCUGGAGAUCCCAUCCAAGAGUUUCUACCGGCAGAACGGGGAGCCCUACACAGGAAAAGUAAAGGCCAGUGUGACCUUCCUGGAUCCUCGGAAUAUUUCCACAGCUACUGCUGCCCAGAGUGACCUGAACUUCAUCAAUGAUGAAGGAGACACCUUCCCCCUUCGAACAUACGGCAUGUUCUCUGUGGACUUCACAGAUGAGGCCACCUCAGAGUCACUUAAUGUUGGCAAGGUAAAGGUCCACCUCGACUCAACCCAGGUCAAGAUGCCAGAGCACUUGCCCAUGAUGAAACUCUGGUCCCUCAACCCAGGCACAGGGCUGUGGGAGGAGGAAGGUGACUUCAAAUUUGAAAGCCAAAGGCGGAACAGAAGAGAAGACAGGACCUUCCUGGUGGGCAACAUGGAGAUUCGUGAGAGGAGGCUCUUUAACCUGGAUGUCCCUGAAAGCAGGAGGUGCUUCAUCAAGGUGAGGGCCUACCGAAGUGAGAGGUUCUUGCCCAGUGAGCAGAUGCAGGGUGUCGUGGUCUCUGUGAUCAACCUGGAGCCCAGGACUGGCUUCUCCUCUAACCCCAGGGCCUGGGGCCGCUUUGACAGUGUCAUCACUGGUCCCAAUGGGGCCUGUCUGCCUGCCUUCUGCGAUGACCAGUCCCCCGAUGCCUACUCUGCCUACGUCUUAGCAAGCCUGGCUGGGGACGAGCUGGAAGCAGUGGAGUCUUUUCCUAAAUUCAACCCAAAUGCAAUUGGUGUCCCUCAGCCCUACCUCAACAAGCUCAAGUACCGCCGGACAGACCAUGAGGACCCACAGGCCAAGAAGACAGCUUUCCAGAUCAGCAUGGCCAAACCAAGGCCCAACUCAGCCGAGGAGAGCAAUGGACCCAUCUAUGCAUUUGAGAACCUCCAGGCAUGCGAGGAAGCACCUCCCAGUGCGGCCCACUUCCGGUUCUACCAGAUUGAGGGGGAUCGGUAUGACUACAACACGGUCCCUUUCAACGAGGAUGACCCCAUGAGCUGGACUGAAGACUACCUGGCAUGGUGGCCCAAGCCAAUGGAGUUCAGGGCCUGCUAUAUCAAGGUGAAGAUCGUGGGGCCACUGGAGGUGAACGUGCGAUCCCGUAACAUGGGGGGCACCCACCGGCAGACAGUGGGAAAGCUGUAUGGAAUCCGGGAUGUGAAGAGCACGCGGGACAGGGACCAGCCCAAUGUCUCAGCUGCUUGUUUGGAGUUCAAGUGCAGUGGGAUGCUCUAUGACCAGGACCGUGUAGACCGCACGCUGGUGAAGGUUAUCCCCCAGGGCAGCUGCCAUCGAGUCAGCGUAAACUCCAUGCUGCAUGAGUACCUGGUCAACCACCUGCCACUGGCGGUCAAUGACAACACCACUGAGUACACCAUGCUGGCGCCCUUGGACCCACUGGGCCACAACUAUGGCAUCUACACUGUCACUGACCAGGACCCUCGCACAGCCAAGGAGAUUGCGCUUGGCCGGUGCUUUGAUGGCACAUCUGAUGGCUCCUCCAGAGUUAUGAAGAGCAAUGUGGGAGUGGCCCUGACCUUUAACUGCGUAGAGAGGCAGGUGGGCCGUCAGAGUGCCUUCCAGUACCUCCAAAGCACCCCGGCCCGGCCCUCCCCCGCAAGCACUGUCAGGGGAAGAGCGCCCUCAAGGAGGCAGCGGUCAAGUCAGGGUGGCCAGCGCUGGCGCAGAGGGGCGGCCUCUCUGAGGUUUUCUGGGGUUGCUCAGCAGCCUCUGAGCAACUAAGGCUUGUGGUACUUCCCUUCUCCCCACAGCCAUUGUGAGACUGACACCCAAACUGUCACUCGGUUAACUUAAGCCCAUCUGUUCCGGUGCAACUUGCUCGUUUGUUUCUUCAUUCCCUUUCUUACUGUCUUUGUCUUGUGAUACUGAUUGGCAUGGAGCCCCCAAAAUGUCAAAAUAAAGCCUCUUUGCCCUGUUCUUUACAAGAAACACAGGAAAUUGGCCAUGGGCAAACUCUGUAGCUUUGAGCAUUCUUCAUUUAGUGCCAUUCAUGGAAAUGUCCUUCAUUUUCUUUUUUGCAUGGUUUUCCCACCUCUACAAUAAGGAUAAUCUGAUGUUGAAGAUCAAAUAACCAAUAUAAAGCAUAUUUCUUGGCCUUGCUCCACAGGAUGUAAGCAAGGCCUCCGUCACAGUUCAUACAUAUAAAAGGUGGUGAAAUAUUUUUACUUGAAUUAUAAAUAACAUUUAUUUCUUUGCUGAAUCUGGAACUCUAGUGCACAUUCAGUGUUACACUGUUGAGUAUAAGGUAAUCAUAGUUCCUCUACCAAGUCUGGAAAAAACAUCUCCUGGUAUCCACAACUGCCCUAGGUUGCUAAUUAUAUUAGCGUGUUUCCCUUUAUAUUUGCUUUUGUUCUUUCUAGAAGCCCAGUGUGGCCCAGAACAGAUGUCAAUAAAUGCACAUUUUGUACUUGAUUUUGAGGUCACUGACCUGUCUUUAAACCAUUAAUCUGAGCCAACUGCUCAGAGGGACAGAGGGGUCUCUGGAAAGUGGUCACCAGGUGGCAUGAGGCACGGUGCCACCUAACCCUAAGUUACAGGGCUGGGUGACUAGGCACGUAUUCUACUGGUCAAGUUUGUUCUCAUAGAUCAUAUUUUCCAUUUGCAGAGAAGAGCAGAGAUUCCUGGAGUUGUGAGCCCCUCCCAGAUGUUCUGGGCCCCUGAGCAAAGCUGAAAACAUGUCCUGAUUUUUUUUUCCUUUCUUUCAUUCCAGUACUGGGGAGCUUAUACAGUGGCUUGGCCCAGGGUCUGGCAAGCUGGCCCAGUGGUCCUUUGGCAUUCCCCCACAGCCUGCUGCCUUCUCCAGCUGGGCUGGCUGACCUCACUCAGAAGUGAUGGGCUUUUUCUUUUUUUAUUCCAAGCUCUUCUAAAGUUCCCCAGCUUUUCCGGACACCAGCCUCUGUGUGUAACAGCCUCUGGCAGGUAACAGCCUCUGUCCCUUGAGUAAAAUGACUGGAUGACUGAUCCAAAAGGACAGGGUUUUUUUGUUUUUGGAAAAGGUGUUUGGUUUAAAACAGUAAAUCAGAGGCCACUGGCUGGUGCCAAAGUGAUCUUGGAGGCAUCAGUAGCCAGGGAUGUAGGGUUGAGUAAGAUGCACUGAUUGCCUCUUUCCCAACCUCUCCAGAAUCUAUUAGGAAAGAGGCCAAGGGGAUUGGGGGAGGAGAGGGCAUCAUUUACAAUCAGGACAAAAAGCUCUCCUUGAUCCCCUGGCUGGCCCAGUGCAUUUCCUCCUGGCCACCUCUGGUCUGGCCUGGAUUUGUACUCUUGGAUCAGCAUCUGCCCAGCUCCCAGGGGUUUGGUUCAUAAUCAAUUAGAAAUUUCUCUGGCUAAGCACCACAUCCCCAUGACCUCUGAGAAAGUGUGUGUAUGUAGGGCUGGGGCCUAGUGGCCUUUGAUUGCUCCUUGACCUACUUCCAGACUAUGCUUCCCAGGGAGUGGCUCCCACUGACCGCAUGGGUUGGGGGUUGGGAAGCUUGACUGAAGGGGUCUGUGUUCAGCUAUCUACAGCACAGAUGCCUCGCUGCUUCGGGAGUGAGUAUGUGCUGCUUCGACCUGACCAUCCAGUUCCCUUCAAACUCACCAAAAGAGGCCACUGGGAAAGGUGGGCUGACUGGGCUCCCAACUUAUGGCCUUCCCUUUCUGUUCUCCGUUGAGGGCCUGAAUAAAUAGAUCCCAGCAAGCA